AUGCCUCGGCCCGAUCAGGUGGCUUCCGAACGGGUUGAUAAGGAGCAUGCCAUGCUGGCACCGUUCACAGCCGGAUGGCAGACCGCAAUCUCACCGCCAUUGAUUAUCGAGAGAUCUGAGGGCUGUUAUAUUUAUGAUGCCAACGGGAACAAGUAUCUGGAUGCCCUUGCAAGAUUAUUGUCUACAGCUUUAGGUGGUAGUGAGCCUCGAUUAGUCAAAGCUCCAACAGAGCAAUUGAACAAGUUGCCUUUCUACCACUCCUUUUAUAACCAUACAACAAGACCCUCUCUGGAUCUUGCGAACGAACUUAUUAGCAUUUUCACUGCCAGGCAAAUGGGGAAAGUCUUCUUUACCUGCAGUGGUUCGGAAGCAAAUGACUCUCAGGUCAAGCUAGUAUGGUAUUAUAACAAUGCAUUGGGGAGGCCAAAGAAGAAGAAAAUCAUUGCACGAUCACAAUCACCUCAAAGAAAUGCACCCAACAUAGUCAUAUCGAUACACUUGUGA